AUGUGUUGCAUGAUCGGACAAGUAGAAGGAAAUUUUGCUCGUCAGCGACGUCAAGCAGUCGGUGGCAAUAAUCGUGACAUAGGUUUUCCACCAGGAAACUCAGAUGGAUCGAUACUUACAAACAAUGCAAAAUUUAAUCCAUCAAAUAAUCCAAAUAUGAUUAUAUCAAACGAUCGAAAUAAUCAACAACAAUCAAAUAAUAAUUUAUUGGCGGCAUCUCAAGGGCAACCAGUAGUGGUCCGUAGUCGUGGUUUUUAUGAUAGUCCUGGGUUUAAAUCAUCAUCGUUUUCGGGUGAAAAACCAGUCGGUUGGUUCGAUACGAAAUAUCCUAAUUGGGUAUCGGAUCAAAAUACUGAAUUAGAUAAGAAUAAUGAUAUGGUUGCAGGAAAAAAUGGAGCACCAAGCAGUCUUCAAGGCAAAGCUAUUCAAUCAAGAAAAGAAGAUGAUGGACCAUUAUUACUUCAAAAAUUCGCUGAUCAAGCUAUAAGUAGAGGUGAAAAAUCAUACGCUUUUGAUCAAUCUUAUGAUCAGAAGAGAUUAGACAAUGUAUGUAGCAAUCGUCACAAUUUUAAUGGAUAUACAUUUGGUCGAUUCCAAUGCCCAUUACCAACUGCUUCUGGUAAGCAUCGAAAUAAUCGAUUUUGUUGUGGACCAGCAAACUAUCAAUAUUGUUGUAAUCAACAAGAAUUCCAUCAAAAUCAAAAUCAAAAUCAAGAAUAUGGUUAUAGCAAUAACCAUGGCAAAAAUCGUCAUUCAAACCAUUCACAUACAACUCGUCGAAUUCUUGCAGUUGUUUUACCUAUUGUUGGCAUUCUUGUUGUAGCAGCAGUGGCGAUUAUUGUCUUUUUAUAUUAUAAAAAACUACGAAAUACACAAAAUAAACAAAGUAAAUCGUCGGGAGUUAAUAAAUUGGGUGAUAACUAUUCAGCUGUUCCACAAGAUUUACCAGUUGAAAAUCCAACAACGAAUCAACGUGAACAGCACAAAAGCUCUAUUCAAACUUAA